GCAGGCGGUGGCGGGGAAGCCCCCGGGCGGGAACCAGCUCCAGCUCCGCGGGCAUCGCGGGGGCGGCGGCGGCUCCUCGAGGGGCCGUGCGGAGCUCGGGGGUUUUUAAGAAGACGUUUUUUUGAGCUCCUUGCUUUUUCAUUGAGAUCUCCCUCCCUACCAUUGCAAAGCAAGUCUUUGCAUUUCUAUACGUAUAUUUUUCAUACCUUGUACUAAAACCCGUUUUGGGGAGCAUCGGUCGGCAGGAAAGCUUUGGAGGAAGCAAUCAGGACCAGUGACCAGUCCUCUCACGAUGUGGACCUUUCUGGGUAUCGCCUCCUUCAUCUACGUGUAUAAAAAGUGUGGGGACCUCAUGACUUACGCAAAUAAGGAGGUGCUGCUCUCCGUGUUGGUGUUUUUCUCUCUUGGCUUGCUGCUGUCGUACAGGUACCGCUUCAGGGGGCCCAAACAGCAGCAGCAGCAGAAGACCCACCAGGGGAUGCUCUCUGAUGUUCUCUCAGCUUUGCCACUUGUUGGCUUCUUCUGGGCAAAACCCACCCCAGCAUCUCAACAAGUUGAACAACCCAAAUCCAGAAAGGGUAAAAAAGAAGUAAACUUCUCAGAUGUAUAUCUGACAGAGACUGCUCCAAAUGCAACACUGUCACCCCAAUACGAUCCAGAAAUUAUCAUCGUGGGAUCAGGUGUCCUUGGUUCUUCCUUGGCCACGGUGCUCUCAAGGGAUGGAAGAAAGGUGACCGUGAUAGAGAGAGAUCUGAAAGAACCUGACAGGAUAGUUGGAGAAUUGUUGCAACCUGGAGGUUUUAAUGCCCUUAGAGACUUGGGUCUUGAAGAUACGGUAGAAGGUAUUGAUUCACAAAUAGUAAAUGGUUACAUAAUUCAUGACAUAGAGAGCAACUCGCAGGUUGAAAUUCCUUACCCGACAUCUGAGGAUGGCUGUGUGGCGAGUGGAAGAUCUUUUCAUCAUGGCCGGUUCAUCAUGGGUCUCCGAAGGGCAGCGAUGGCAGAGCCCAAUGCAAAAUUCAUUGAGGGGACUGUGUUACAAUUACUUGAGGAAGACGACUGUGUUGUGGGUGUUCAGUACAAGGACAAAGAAACUGGAGAUACUAAGGAGCUUCAUGCACCACUCACUGUUGUAGCUGAUGGACUUUUCUCCAAGUUCAGAAAAAAACUGAUCUCUAACAAAGUUACCGUUUCAUCCCAUUUCGUUGGUUGUAUAUUGAAGGAUGCAUCACAGGUUAAAGCUAAUUAUGCUGAGCUUGUUUUAGCUAAAACUAGUCCAGUGCUAAUCUAUAAGAUUUCUGCAACUGAGACUCGGGUCCUCGUGGAUAUUCGAGGGGAAAUGCCAACAAAUUUAAAAGAAUACAUGAUUGAGAACGUUCAUCCACAACUACCUGAUCACUUAAAGGAACCAUUCUUAAUAGCAGUUCAAAAUGAUCGUUUAAGGACCAUGCCAGCCAGCUUCUUGCCUCCUUCGGCUGUUAACAAAAAAGGUGUUCUUCUUUUAGGAGAUGCAUAUAAUAUAAGGCACCCUCUAACUGGUGGAGGCAUGAGCGUUGCUUUAAAUGAUGUUAAAAUAUGGAGGAGUUUGCUCCAGGAUAUUCCAGAUCUUUAUGAAGAUUCUGACGUUCUUAAGGCCAAAAGAACAUUUUACUGGUCAAGAAAGAAAUCUCAUUCUUUUGUAGUGAAUGUUCUUGCCCAGGCUCUUUAUGAACUCUUUGCUGCCACCGAUGAUUCCUUGCAUCAGCUAAAGAAAGCCUGUUUCCAUUACUUCAGACUUGGUGGAGAGUGUGUCUCGGGUCCCGUUGGAUUGCUGUCUGUGUUAUCUCCUAAACCAAUGGUACUGAUUGGCCACUUCUUUGCUGUGGCAUUAUACGCUGUUUAUUUUUGCUUUAAGUCCGAGUCCUGGAUCACCACACCUCGAGCGUUUUUCAGCAGUGGAGCUGUUCUCUACCGAAGUUGCUCUGUAAUAUUUCCACUUAUUUACUCUGAAAUGAAGUAUUUAGUCUAUUAAAAUCCAGGAGGAAAUGACUGGAGGAAGAAAACGUUAAAAUCAAGAUGCCUUCAAAGUCUUUGGACAUGUACUAUUUAAUAUUGUAUUAUGUUUUCUUCAAAAUCCAAUUUCCUUGAUAAGGAUUUGACCUAUUUUGGUUUUGUGGUCAUAUACAUAUAUAUUAUAUGUAAAUAUUCUCCUUUGCAAUUAAAAUUCAGAAUGAAUUAGCUGUUUACAAGGAUCAUAAUUAAGUGUUGACAUGUGGUAGAUAAUUGCCAGUUUUGUCAGAAUUUCAUUCCUUGUUUUAUCCAUUGCUGAGUGCACCACUAAUACGAAUAAACUGAGAAGUGAAACUGUAAACCCUAUGCUGCUAUUAUCCUUCAUGCUUGUUUCUGUUCAGUAGUUCCAUAGACUGUUUCUUUAGUGCUGUGAAAUAUUGUAACAUUCUUGAUUUGGGUUAUUUCAUUAGAGUUUGCCUCUGUUCUUUUUCAGUUGUGGCUAAGAUUCUAGUCUACUGACAUUUAAAAGGACACUGUAAAGGAUUUCAGAUUUUGGAGUGUCACUGUAUCUUUAACUCGAGUCACUCUUGCAGGUGCUAUGUUGCUCUUCUGAAAUAAUUAUUCACAGCAGAAUUAAUUUAAACGAGUAAUAAUCAGACCAUAGGUAUGUUGGCUACUGCACCGCACUCAGGUACUGAAAGCACAUGUUUUUCUCCCUGUGUCUCUGCCUUUUAAAAGCUUGGGGGUUUGUUUUGGUUUACUUUGUGUGUGUGUGCAGUUCAAGUUUAACACUGCCGUGAACUAAGCACAGCAACAAACCACAGCUACUGAGACAAAUUCAGUCCGGCCUAUUUCCAGUAGACAGCAAUCUUUAAUGCUACUUCUUAAAAUUCACGACAAGAACCACAGAAGUGUCCUUUUAAUACUUGUGGUAUGUAUUUUUCCCGUUUAAGUUACUGUAUGCUACUAAAGAGGUGAUGCCUUUACCGUUGGUCGCUGUUCCUUUCACCGUCGUCUUCAUCAGUGUGCUUUCCUUUGUUCUUGUGUAUUUGCAUUUCUCUUCACCUUUCUUGUCGCUGCUUUGAGCAUCGCCGUGUGACUCUCCCGUCUGCCUUGCCCAAGCAGCCACGUGCAGCAACAGGUCAGAGAGCAGAAACGGAUCAUGAUUCCCUGUACUGGCGAAACUUUGACUCCGUCUUGGAAAUGUCACAUUGGAUAAGCUGUAUAUAAACAUACACUUUGUGUUGGACUGUGAAAAAAAACUCUGUGGAGAGGCUUUUUUAAUAGUUUAUUUGACGGAUAUUUCAAAUUACCUGUUAUUUUCCAGAAGCAAAACUAUGUAUAUUUUUCUAACCAUUAUCACUUUUGAUACCCUCUUGAAAUUACAGCUGUCGUGAAUAUGUCUGUGUUUAAACUUUAGGGUGAAGUACUAAUACUUUCAAAUAUCAUUAUAUAGGCUGACUAAAUGCUGCCCCUUCAAGGGAACACAAAGCUUGCAGAAUUUAUACAAGUGAUUUCAAAAUUUGUGACAGCUUUGAAAAUAUUAAUUUUACAUUUUCUAUUUUUUUAAUCUAAUUUGCAGCCUUUUUAAAGUCAAUGGUAAGCAAUCCUGAGCCAAAUACACACCCCCAGCUAGCGUAAAUAAAAAGUUGUGGUAUCUGUA